AUGGAGAAUGGUAAUCGACUGAUAGCGCAAAUCCUGGACGUUGCCAUCUGUUUCAGGAAUUCGCAUGUGAAAGCCUUGCAAACCGGGCAAGCUGUGUCUUCGCACCCAGCUUCGAAACAUGCCAAUACGCUUGCGGAAUCGACGACUUUCUCACCUGGUUUGUUGCGGAUUAGGCAGCAGCAUGACAAGCCGUCGCCGAUUGACCCGUCUGAUCCUGCUGCUGCGUUGGAGAUAUUGAGGGAGUUGGAUCAUGAUGUUUUCUUGGAGGCUGUUGCGAAGACGGGGUCGACGAUUCGGAAGUGGCAGAAGCAGUGUAAGGAGUAUAGGGAGCGGGCGAAGGGAAAGAUCUCGUUUCGUAAUUUUGCGAAAGGGGAUUUGGCGAUGUUUUUGCCUACGCGAAAUUCACGAAACCUUGGGCUGCGUUCAAUGGUGGUCUCCUUCCCGCAUUACUUCUUGCAAGCUACAGGUCACCUAGCUGAGCGGCUCAAAACAAGAGAAUGGAUUGUUGCUUGGAUCACCUCCAUCACGGAAUGGGUGGUCAAUCAACAGGAUCAAACUAGCAAUCCCUACGGUCUUGGUGAGGGUGUAAAGUAUUACAUGCUUGAAGUUGAAGACUGGGCGCAGCCGAGUGGCAAUAAACGCUGGGCUUCAGGAAGAAAGGCAACAUCUGAGAACGAUUCUUCAGGUUCUCCAGCAAAUGGUAGACUUGGAAACAAAGCAGUACCCCCACCAGAGCUUGAAGUUCAAGACACACGCCCUGCAAACUCCCAUCUAUUCCCUGUACGGACUCGGGCCAACUCGUCACCAACCGCUCGACCUUCGUCAUUAUCUCGUCUACUUGCACAAGCCUCUGUAGAAAACGGUGCCGAAAACCCCACUGAGAGCCUACCAGAUGAUGAAAUUCCACCACCUGAAUUGAGAGCAUCAUCGCCGUCUCCACUGCCAUCACCGGCUGUCUCCCCUCUUGCUCCCUCUUCCCCGCCACAAGUAAUUGGUUCACUGCCUCAACAUGUUCCAGGCGUUCACACACCCCUACGGCCGAACUCCUGUGCAUCUCGCCUCUCUUCCACGUCUCUUCAGACUCGCGACACACCAUUCAAAUCUCUAUGUACUUUGCAACCGGCAAUUGUGGGUCCUCCCGCCCCCCCGCAUGAUGCUCUCCUCACACAGCUUCGUCGUUCUUACUCCAAACAAAACCCAAGGCAGUAG